UCCUCCUCUUCUUUACCCCAUCGUUUAAUUUUCACGCUGCUUUUAGUCUUUCUCUCUCUCCUCUCCUCUUUUCACCUCUUCCUCUCUAAACCACCUUUCCUUUUUUUUUUUUUCUUACCUUCACCCCCCCCUCCGUCUUUCACCCAAUCACCAACCGACAGUUACUUGGUAAUAUUUUUUUCCCUUCAAUAUUUUCCCUCUUUCUUUUAUCAUUCUCUUACUCUACACUUUCUGUUGGUGAUCAAUAUUGUUUAUUUAUCACCACGAUUCAAUAUCCGAACGUUUAUCCUAUAGACUCCUCUUUCCUUUAUCCCGUCCAUUCUCAAAUACACCUCGCUCAUAAUUUUUUAUUUAUUAUUUCCUCUAUCCCUUCCGUUUUGUUUGUCCCCCUCUUAAAACGAUCAGCUGGACCGGUCUCCCGAAUAAAUUCUCAUCUUCGGUAUUAUCAUAUUUUAGACGAAUCUUGAACGAGCGAAAGGAGAAAGGAAAAAUCUUCGCAGCAACACUACUUAUGUCACGUUUGUGAUUGAGUCGUCCUAGGCACAAUGGCUGGCGCGGACGAAACGCUCGCGGCCGCUGCUGCCAUCCUUCGGGGUCUUGCCCGAGAAACCCCUCGCUCCGGCUCCGCUCCUCCCUUCGAUUUUCAACCAUCUCACUCUUCAGCCAAUGGUUACGACGCCAAGUUCUCAAAGCUACCGGGAGAUGCAAGUCCAGCAAAGACGGCCUUUGAAACUGAGUUGGAGGCUUUAGUUCGUCGAGUUCAUCAACAAGAAUCUCAAGCUGUCAGUCACCAGACUUCCCCCGGAACCCUUCCUGAACCCUCCCAGCCUUCCCUCAACUCUAUUGAGAGGGAAGCUGACUUCUUGUGGUCUUUUGGUCUUUCUCGCUCGUCGUCCCAGCAAGUUUCUAACUUCUAUUCCGCAAUACAGCAGCAAAACUCCCAUAGACCCUCCCAACCAAGGCCAACAGUAGAGCCCGAGGAGGAUAUUGACGAAGAGGAGAGCGAUGAAGAUGAAGAUCUGGACUCGAGGACUCGACUGGUACGCGAGGAGGACAUCAGUUAUCUACGGAACCAUGUUCAAAAACAGGCGGAGGAGAUAAGCUUUCAGAAAGACAUUAUCGCCCAAGUGCGUGAUGAGUUACAACAGCAGGAAGAACAAACGCGGCGGGCUUUGACCAAGGUUGAAAAUGAAGACGUGGUCCUGCUGGAGCGAGAGCUUCGCAAACACCAGCAAGCCAACGAAGCUUUCCAGAAGGCAUUACGGGAAAUUGGUGGCAUCAUUACCCAGGUCGCCAACGGUGAUUUGUCAAUGAAGGUGCAGAUACAUCCCCUGGAGAUGGACCCAGAAAUUGCCACAUUCAAACGGACGAUCAACACUAUGAUGGACCAGCUGCAAGUGUUUGGUAGUGAAGUGUCUCGAGUCGCCCGAGAGGUCGGAACUGAAGGUAUCCUUGGUGGCCAGGCUCAGAUCACAGGAGUUCAUGGUAUCUGGAAGGAACUCACAGAAAACGUCAAUAUCAUGGCCAAGAAUCUUACGGAUCAAGUGCGUGAGAUUGCCGUAGUCACAACAGCCGUCGCCCACGGUGACCUGAGCCAGAAGAUUGAGAGCCGGGCCCAGGGUGAAAUUUUGGAACUGCAACAGACAAUCAAUACCAUGGUGGAUCAACUUCGUACUUUUGCCACGGAGGUUACACGCGUCGCACGUGAUGUCGGUACUGAGGGUGUUCUGGGUGGACAGGCUCAGAUCAAAGGAGUGCAAGGCAUGUGGAACGAACUCACAGUCAAUGUCAACGCGAUGGCGAACAAUUUGACAACCCAAGUGCGAGAUAUCGCUACCGUCACGAAAGCGGUCGCCAAAGGUGAUCUGACACAGAAGGUCCAGGCCAACUGCAAAGGAGAGAUUGCAGAGCUGAAGAACAUCAUUAAUUCCAUGGUGGAUCAAUUGCGUCAAUUUGCGCAGGAAGUUACUAAGAUUGCUAAGGAGGUCGGUACGGAUGGUGUGCUCGGUGGUCAAGCCACAGUCAAUGAUGUGGAGGGUACGUGGAAGGAUUUGACCGAAAAUGUCAACCGAAUGGCCAACAACCUCACCACCCAGGUCAGAGAAAUCGCUGAUGUCACCACCGCCGUGGCAAAGGGUGACCUGACCAAGAAGGUUACUGCGAAUGUCCAAGGUGAAAUACUAGAUCUGAAGAGCACGAUCAAUGGCAUGGUGGACCGACUGAAUACUUUCGCCUUUGAGGUCAGCAAAGUCGCUCGAGAGGUAGGCACGGAUGGUACUCUUGGUGGUCAAGCCAAGGUGGAUAAUGUGGAGGGCAAAUGGAAGGAUCUUACCGAUAAUGUCAACACCAUGGCCCAGAACCUGACAUCGCAGGUACGCAGUAUCUCGGAUGUUACCCAGGCUAUUGCCAAGGGUGAUCUUAGCAAGAAGAUCGAAGUCCAUGCCCAAGGAGAAAUCUUGACACUCAAAGUGACGAUCAAUCACAUGGUUGACCGACUCGCUAAGUUCGCAACCGAGUUGAAGAAGGUCGCACGCGAUGUCGGUGUUGAUGGCAAGAUGGGCGGUCAAGCCAACGUCGAAGGAAUUGCUGGUACAUGGAAGGAAAUCACCGAGGAUGUGAACAUCAUGGCAGAAAAUCUCACGUCUCAGGUGCGUGCAUUUGGUGAAAUUACAGAUGCCGCAACCGACGGCGAUUUCACGAAGCUUAUCACCGUCAAUGCUUCCGGUGAGAUGGACGAGUUGAAGCGAAAGAUCAAUAAGAUGGUUUCCAACCUCCGUGAUAGUAUUCAGAGAAACACUGCUGCUAGGGAAGCAGCCGAGCUGGCCAAUCGCACCAAGUCUGAAUUUCUGGCAAAUAUGAGUCACGAAAUCCGUACACCUAUGAAUGGCAUUAUCGGUAUGACGCAGUUGACAUUAGAUACGGAUGAUCUCAAGCCUUAUACCCGUGAGAUGUUGAAUGUUGUGCACAAUCUCGCCAACAGCUUAUUAACGAUUAUUGAUGACAUACUCGAUAUUUCAAAGAUCGAGGCGAACAGGAUGGUUAUUGAAAGUAUUCCCUUCACUGUCAGAGGCACCGUCUUCAACGCACUGAAGACUCUUGCGGUGAAGGCAAAUGAGAAGUUCCUCAGCCUGACCUACCAGGUCGAUAACACGGUACCAGACUACGUUAUCGGUGAUCCCUUCCGUCUCCGUCAGAUUAUUCUUAACUUGGUGGGCAAUGCCAUCAAGUUUACGGAGCACGGAGAGGUUAAGCUCACGAUUCGCAAGUCGGACCGCGAACAGUGUGCAGCCAACGAAUAUGCUUUCGAGUUCUCCGUGUCUGACACAGGUAUUGGUAUUGAGGAGGACAAACUUGACUUAAUCUUCGAUACCUUCCAGCAGGCUGACGGCUCGACAACGCGGAGAUUCGGCGGAACAGGCCUUGGUUUAUCUAUCUCGAAACGAUUGGUGAACUUGAUGGGUGGUGAUGUAUGGGUCACGUCUGAGUAUGGCCAUGGGAGCACAUUCCACUUCACGUGCGUGGUGAAACUCGCAGACCAGUCCUUGAAUGUCAUUGCAUCUCAGCUCCUUCCGUACAAGAACCACCGCGUCCUCUUCAUCGACAAAGGGGAGAACGGCACGCAGGCAGAGAAUGUUAUGAAGAUGCUCAAGCAGAUGGAUCUAGAGCCGCUGGUUGUCCGAAAUGAAGAUCAUGUGCCGCCACCUGAGAUUCAGGACCCAUCUGGCAAGGAGUCUGGCCACGCGUACGACGUUAUCAUUGUGGACUCUGUUGGUACAGCGCGGUUGCUCCGGACAUUCGAUGACUUCAAAUACGUGCCUAUUGUCCUGGUUUGCCCGUUGGUAUGUGUCAGCUUGAAGUCUGCAUUGGAUCUCGGAAUCAGUUCGUAUAUGACCACACCAUGCCAACCUAUAGAUCUGGGUAAUGGUAUGCUGCCUGCGCUUGAAGGCCGCUCUACUCCUAUUACUACCGACCAUUCUCGUUCGUUUGACAUCCUUCUCGCAGAGGACAAUGACGUUAAUCAGAAAUUGGCCGUGAAGAUCCUAGAGAAACACAAUCAUAAUGUUUCAGUCGUUAGUAACGGUCUGGAAGCUGUGGAAGCCGUCAAGCAACGUCGAUACGACGUCAUCCUCAUGGAUGUCCAAAUGCCAGUCAUGGGUGGCUUCGAGGCUACAGGCAAGAUUCGAGAAUAUGAGAGGGAGUCCGGUCUUAGUCGGACGCCGAUUAUCGCCCUUACUGCGCACGCGAUGUUGGGCGACCGCGAGAAGUGUAUACAAGCUCAGAUGGACGAGUAUCUCUCGAAACCACUAAAGCAGAACCAAAUGAUGCAGACCAUCCUUAAAUGUGCCACGCUUGGUGGUUCCCUUCUGGAAAAGAGCAAAGAGUCGCGAAUCUCUAGUAGCGGCGAGAUGCAUCCGGUUCAUCACACGGGCUCAGACGGCAAAGGCCCACGUCCGGCCAUGGAAGGUAGAUCAAUCACUGCAUCGAGCACCGUCAAUCGGGGUGGUCUUGCAAGUCCUAGUGCCGAGAAGGCUGAGGAUCUCUCCAUGGAGCGGGUACGUCAAUAAUCUUUUCAUUCUCCUUCAGAAUAAGUGUGCUAAUCUCGGGAAACAAGCAGGCACUGCUGCGGUCCAAUAGCUCGUGAAACUUUCUAGAGA